UGAAGAUGCAUAUUAUAUUAAGGAUAAUUUCUAUGUUGCUUAUGUUGCUGAGUUUAGAAGUAAAUAUUUGCUACUGUAACAUUACAAAUUUUGAAUUGCAAGUUGGGCGACAUCAUCCAGAAAGCAUUUGUGAUGAAUUAUUUCAAAUACAAGCUAACACAUCAGUAAUGUUGUUUGGUGACGGUUAUCCUAUAGACCCACCAUGUACAAUCAGUCUUGUAGGAUAUUCAAUGCAGAAUAGAACAUUCGAGGACCUUUGUUAUGACUUCACCGAAAUUGGCUUACCAAGUAUUUCGAAUAGUUCGGUUAUUGUCAAAGCUUGGUCGUUAGUUGUAUACGAGAACGAUACGGCUACCUACAUAGCGUUUAACGGAACUUCGCCGUUCAGAAAAGACAUGUUGACGAAUGAUGGUCUCGUUUUACCUUUCUGUGGACAAGACAAUAAUGAGGCGUUCCUGCUAGAAAUAGAUAUAUUCAUUCCAAUUUAUGUCAACAAAUCACAGACAAAAACAUCACCAUUUUUUAAAGCAAAUAGCAGACAACGUUUCAGUCUCGAUUAUGCAGAAUAUAGAAAUACAAGUCUUACCUCCUUUUGGAACAUCAAUCAAAUUAUCUUACUGCGAAACCCUAGCAUCUGUGAUUGUCAAGGAUGUCUACCUUGUACAGAAGUAGUGGGAACAUUGGUUGAAAUUGCAAAGGACGAAGAUGAUUCGAAGGGAAACACAUUAGACUUCAACAAUCUUAUAACAAUCAUGGGAGGUGUAGUCACAAGCUUAUUUAUUCCUGUGGUCUUACUCCUUGUUCGACAUCAUAUUCGUAACCGGGGUGUUUCGGAACCUAAAGAACAAACCGGUAAAAGAAAUCCAGGCGAUGGUUCAGACGAUAUUGACGGAAAAAUGGACAACAAUGAUGCUGCCUCAACAGAAGACCAACACGAAUUGUGUUUGUUAACUCCAAGACAAUCUAUGACGAGCGAUGAGUUAUCUUUUCAUUCUGCAUAUUGAAUCUAGUCAAUUUCUUAUAUUUUACAAAGUAUCUUUGACAUAUAUAUAUAUAUACUUAGCUUGAAAUAAAAACAUAUAAUGGUGACUUCGACAAAAUCACAUCACUUUCAAAAAUGGUUUAUAAGGGGUGGUCAUUUUAAUGAAGCAAACAGGGAAUAAGAAUAGAGAAUAAGAAUAAGAAUACUUUAUUAAUCCAAUUGUGGACCCUUGCGGGUUUUAAAUUUCAUAC